CUAAAAUCAUUGUAUGCAUGUUAAAUUCUUUAUCCUCCAAUAUACCGUGGCGGUGCGUGGAAUGACGAUUUCCAAAUACAAAGAUCCGCUUGCGAAAUAGGUCACGAGUGAAUUACUUCACCUGUACGGUAUUUAUUUCGAUUGGCCCACUUCCGAAGAAAACACAGACCGGCACACAGGUGGAAAACAAACGAGCAGAAUGAUCAAACAGAAACAAUACGAUUGGAAAGACAGCAAUUUAGCUUUGUUUGGAUCGGACACAGAGCGACAAGUGAAAAAGGAAUCUGCACAACAGGAAAAAGCUUGGAAGAAAGCGGGGCAGAAGUGUGGAUUACAAAUAUGGCGGAUCGUGAAAUUUAAAGUGAAAGAAUGGCCCGUUGAUGAUUAUGGAAAAUUUUUUGAUGGUGACUCUUACAUCAUUCUCAAUACUUACAAGGACGAAUCAUCAGAGGCAAUACUUUACGACGUUCAUUUCUGGAUCGGAAAAUACAGCACACAGGAUGAGUAUGGGACUGCAGCCUAUAAAACAGUAGAGUUGGAUACCUACCUAGAUGAUGUCCCCAUACAGCACAGAGAGGUUCAGAACUACGAAUCCGAUUUGUUCCGAUCGUACUUCAAAGAAGUCACUUAUCUUCACGGCGGAGCAGAUAGUGGAUUCAGAGAAGUGAAACCGGAAGAAUACACACCACGUUUGUUUCAUUUCCAUGGCGACAAACACGGUGUCAAAGUUAAAGAGGUCGUCCGUGACAAGAGUCGAAUGGAUGACACAGACGUUUACAUCCUGGACCAGGGUCUGACAAUUUACCAAUGGAACGGUCAAGGAUGUAACAAAGACGAGAAAUUCAAGGCGUUGCAGUAUGUUAAUAAGUUGAAGGGAGAGAGAAGUGGGAAAAGGGUACAAGUGGAAGUAAUUGACCAAAACUCCGGUGGUCAAGACGAGGAAGAAUUCAUGCGUCUUUUGGAUGGAGGAAAAGAAGAAGACGAGUUUGAUAGUUCUUCAGAUUUCGAAGCUGUCGAUAAAACUAAGGAGCUUUACCGGUUGUCAGAUGCUGGUGGUUCAAUGGAAUUUUCGUCAGAAAAGAAAGGUCAAAUCACCUUGGGCGACUUUGACAGCAAAGAUGUGUUCAUAUUUGACACAAAAGAGGAACUCUUUGUUUGGAUCGGAAAGGGUACUACUCCAGCAGAACGCAAGAAUGCCAUGACGUACGCACAUAACUACCUGAUGAAGAGUGACCAUCCUUUACUUCCCAUCAGCUGUCUGAAAGAGGGCCGCCUAUCGUCCAAGUUUACUUCAGCACUAGCCGCGUGAUCUGUAUGCAACAGUGAAUCAGGUCCUGUGUCAGCGGAGUAUAUCUGAUACAAGCAUAUGAACUUAAGUGUUUACAUGCAUAAGCCUUCUGUUAUGUUUGUAAUGGUUUCUCUAUAAACGUUUUGUAAUAUGUUUUUAUUUACUUUGUAAUAUCAUCGUUUCACAAUAUUUUUGAUAUUGCUGUUCUUUACGUGACCUUUUGUUGAUUUGAUAUCUGUAUGUAGAAAUAGAAUUAUAUUGUCCAUGAAUACCACAUCUCUCUAAUCAUAAUCUUAUCAUGACAUUGCAAAAAUAAACUGGCAUUUAUGAAAGUGAAAAA